UUUAAUUGUAAUUAAGCGUUUCGUAUUGCAGGCAGAGUUGUUAUUCCGCCGUUAUUGUUUGCGCGCCAUUUAUUUUCUGCAUCAAACAGUGCUGCCAGCCAUCUGUCAAACAUAUCACUUGAUUUAUGCUCGUUCGCGCCAAAGAAGCAAAGCAGGCUGCUAUUUACAUAUGUGCGUAUAGCCUUGAGUGAGCAACAAGCACGCAGCAACCACGGAAUACUGCGUAGAAAGGAUCUGCUGUUCCUGAACAUACGAGGACGCUGAAACGAUGGCUCCGCGGCGUAAACGUGCUGCUGCAGCGAAGUCCAACGAGACUGCGGCUAAAAAGUCGAAGCCAGAAGAGAAGGCUUCUAAAAACUCGAACGAAGCACAAGAAGGUUCCAAGGAUGCAGGAGCUUACGUGUUUAUAGAACACUGCAAAUCAUGAUCCGUGUUCAAGCGCAAGGCAGCCGAGGUCCACUCGGAACUAUGCGAGCUUGCGCCGGACCACAGCUUUCAGCUGGUGUUGAACGAGAAUGGUAAACCGCGCCGAGGUGCUUUCGAGGUUUCUGUCGCCAAGUCGAUGGAUGAUGAGAAAACGCUUGUUUGGUCGGGAGUGUCUAAGGGACCACCGAGGAAAGAAAAAUUCCCGGAAGUAAAGAGCAUCCUAGAUGACGUUCUCAAGGCGUUGAAGUAAUGCCACAAAGAAUGGUCGCUUGGGAAUGCGGCAGUGGGCGCAUCUAAAAUUCUACGAAAUGCUACGCCACAUGACGAAGCAAGAGCAAACCCUUCCCGGGACUCGUGCAUCUGAAGCUUUGCUAGCAUUUUUUAGAAGAAUGAUGCGAUAGCUGACGUCUUACUGAGUCGGACUAUCAAAUUGAAAGUACAAAUAAAAACUCAGGAUCACUAUUAUACA